AUUGUAAAAUGAUAUGCAUAAUUUAUCUUAGAAAUCAACAAGUGAGAUUGAAAAUAAUAAAAAUGUUAGGCUCUCACUGAACAUGAUCUAACAGGGAUGGUAGUGAGUAAUGUUGAGUCAAGUAUCCAUACAAUCAGUAAGAGUGUUAAGAUGUCUGGGCACGUUUAAAGUGCAAUGUUGUAAGAAACAUUACUCCUGCCUGCAACCAGCCUCCCUCCCUCCUAAACACAUCACCCACCUUUCUACUACUACUUCUAAACACCCUUCUCGUCAGUUGUCCAGUACUUCUGAUCCAGAUGACCCUAUCUCCCGCUGCCCCAAGUGCGGAGGCCCACUAAACAAUCUGAAGGGAGUUUCCACCACCCCACGAUUUGUGAAAUGUCAGCAAUGUGAAUAUUUCUACGUUUGUGACAUUUUCAACAAUGACAUGAGAGUCGAAUCAAGCCACCUUGACCCAGCGUACGACACCAAAGAAGACAGACUUCCUACCCCUAAAGAGAUAUUCUCGUAUCUGAACGAGUAUGUUAUAGGACAGAGCCACCCGAAGAAAGUGCUAUCAGUUGGUAUCUACAAUCAUUACAAGAGGAUACAGAUAAACUUAUCUGAGAAGAAGUCAUCUAGAGUGUCGGGUAUCUCCAAGAUGGAUAAAACUAACGUCUUGCUUCUCGGACCUACAGGGACGGGUAAGACGCUGUUAGCUCAGUCCCUGGCUCACUGUCUAAAAGUACCUAUGACUAUUUGUGACUGCACUUCUCUCACUCAAGCUGGGUAUGUUGGGGAGGAUGUGGAGUCUAUUAUCGCUAAACUUCUUAUUGCUGCCGACUUUAAUGUGGACAAGUGUCAGCGGGGCAUCGUCUUUCUCGAUGAGGUUGAUAAGAUCUCGAUGCGGUCUAAAGAUGUACAUGUGCGGGACGUAUCAGGUGAGGGAGUACAACAGGCUCUCCUCAAGCUUUUAGAAGGAACUUUAGUUACUAUUCCUGAACGACUUAUUCCCUCUCGAAAACUCAGAUCGGAGCCCAUUCAGAUUGAUACGACCAAUAUUCUUUUCAUUGCUUCCGGAGCUUUUGCGGGGAUCGAGAAGAUUGUCAGAAACAGAAAAGUUAAGAAAACGGUCGGGUUUGGUAGCCCAAUAUCUAAAGAUGCAGCUAUUCUUGAUCAGACCAAAAACAAAGAAAACUUCGAGCAACAACUUAAAAUUAACGAUGACUUUUUAAAGGAGAUUGACGCAGAAGAUCUGGUGAACUACGGGAUUAUACCUGAGUUUGUGGGCAGGAUGCCUCUCUGUGUAUCUCUCAUGUCAUUAGAUCGCGAGGCUCUGGUAACGAUCCUAACCCAGCCCAAGAACUCAAUAAUAUCUCAAUACAAGUACAUGUUCACUUUGGAUGACAGCGCACUCGUAUUCACUGAUGAUGCUCUGGACGCCAUUGCUGAACUAGCCAUCAAGAAACGAACUGGUGCACGCGGUCUGAGGAGUAUAUUAGAGAAUGUACUAAUGGAGAUAAUGUACGAAGUUCCAGGCUCAGACAUAACUCAAGUAACGAUAACGAGGGAAGUGGUGGAGAAGCAGUCACAACCUCUCUACAAACGAGUUGAUAAAGGGGACAAGGAAGAGAGUGCAGCAGCUGCUAUUAAAAUAUAAUGAGGGAUUUUGAGAUGUUUUAGAGUCCAUUGAGGCGGAACGAAAUUCAGAAAUUGAUAAAAACCUGAUCUUGUUUGACAAAUAUUUGAAAAUUGAAGUUAUAGAUUCUCAACAGUGACCUUAUUAUGUCCAGCCCCCCCCCCUCACCAGCCCAGUUACCAUGGUUACAGCCCCCCUCACCAGCCCAGUUACCAUGGUUACAGCCCCCCUCACCAGCCCAGUUACCAUGGUUACAGCCCCUCACCAGCCCAGUUACCAUGGUUACAGCCCCCCCUCACCAGCCCAGUUACCAUGGUUACAGCCCCCCCUCACCAGCCCAGUUACCAUGGUUACAACGACCACUGACCCAGUCAUCUUACUCCUUGUAUGUAUUGUAUUAAAUCGCAUCUCAAGUGGUGCCAACUUAUUUUUUUGUUGAAAUAACCAAAGAGUCUUUAAAACACAAAAGCAUGAGAAUGAGAACAAAUUGGAUUAUUAAGUUAUUACAUCCUAGUGAUCGUUAUACUUUAUUAGUUUUUAUCAUUGAACUAAUGCAAAACUUUCCGAAAUAUUGUUUUGUUUAUGAUUUUAUACGGGUAGUCAAAAUGUUUUGGGGUUGAAUUGAAGUAUGAAGACACACUUCACAUGUUAUUGUAUACAGUGAAACCGAUUUUAAAAUGUGAAA